UCACAGAUGCUGUCUAUCUAGGCAGCUCAGUAGGAGUUGAGGCAGCUCCUCAGAGGGAGGGUUAUCUCUGCUGUCUGGCCGCUGGAGGAGAGGAGAGCCGCCGGGGUGUUGUGUGUGUUCGGCAGAGAUCCGCCAUGACUUACACCGCGGACGGUGUCCGCUCUCGCGCGUCUGGAGCUGUAACCUCGAGCCUGAGAAACAUGUCCUGAGACUGGAGAACAGCCGGCAGAGAACAUGACAGAUUACCGGGAGGAUGGCAUGGACCUGGGCAGCGAUUCUUCCAGUCGCUCCAGCUCGGAGUCCAAUUCCAACAAGGUGACGCCAUGUUCCGAGUACAAGUCCUCUCCCAGUCUGGAGCUGGCCGGACUGGAGGACUAUGAGGAGGACGAGGACUACCAGCAGUACAAGAAGAGAGUGCUGGUGGACUGGGAGAGGGAGUACGGUGGGAACUAUGCAGACAACCAGCAUCAGGACUUCAGCCAGACCGGAGUGAUCCACGGCUCUGUUAACAGCCGCAGCCUGGCAGAGGAGCUCCAGAGCGUCAAAGCACCCGCGGCCCCUCUCGCAGGUCACGCCGCCACCCCCGUGCCCGAGGAACUCAAGCAGAACGGCAAUGCCGUAGUGCCCUGCGACCACCCCCUGGCGCCCUGCGAGGGCAAGACUUUAGGCAGAGCCAGCCACGGGAGCGCUGUCACAGGAGCUGGUGAGGUUGGAGGCGGGAUCGGGCUGGGACGAAACAGGGAAGAAUGUGUGGAGGAAAGCCAACUUCCAGCCAUGGACUGGGCGGCUCUGGAGAGACACUUGGCAGGCCUGCAGUUCAGAGAGCAACAGAACCACAACCACGGCCUGAUCCGGACCAACUCCACCCAUGCCCAGAAGAAUGAGCGCGAGUCGAUCCGGCAGAAACUGGCGCUCGGCAGUUUCUUUGACGAUGGGCCGGGCAUCUACACCAGCUGCAGCAAGAGCGGCAAACCCAGCCUGUCCUCACGGCUCCAGAGUGGCAUGAACCUGCAGAUCUGCUUCGUCAACGACAGCGGCAGCGACAAGGACAGCGACGCCGAUGACAGCAAGACGGAGACCAGCCUGGACACGCCGCUGUCGCCCAUGAGCAAGCAGAGCUCGUCCUACUCGGACAGAGACGCCACGGAGGACGACUGCGAGUCUCUGGAGGACAUGGACUUCCUGAGCCGGCAGAAGAAGCUGCAGGCCGAGGCCAAGCUGGCGCUCGCGAUGGCCAAACCCAUGGCCAAGAUGCAGGUGCAGGUGGAGAAGCAGAACCGCAAGAAGUCCCCGGUGGCAGACCUGCUUCCUCACAUGCCACACAUCAGUGAAUGUCUGAUGAAGAGGAGUUUGAAGCCCACAGACCUCAGAGACAUGACACUGGGACAGCUGCAGGUCAUCGUCAACGACCUGCACUCACAGAUCGAGGGUCUGAACGAGGAGCUGGUGCAGCUGCUGCUGGUGCGGGACGAGCUUCAGAUGGAGCAGGACGCCAUGUUAGUGGACAUCGAGGACUUCACCAGGCACGCUCAGAGCCAGCAGAAACACCUGGCAGAGAAAACGCCAUCUAAAUGAAGACCCUCCACACCAUCAGAUCAGAUCACACACCUUUCCUUUGCUUCUGUGGUUCAUCAUAACACACACGUUCCUCACGAGACCCCGAGCGGGACGUCCCACACACUCCAGCGCUCGGCCUUCGCUCACUCAUCCGCUACAGUCUCUUACCGUCGCCACUAAAUUAUAACCGUCAAAGCAUACAAUGGUGUAAAAGCGCCUUGUGAGAAAUUUAAUUCAAGUUUUAGAAAAGAAGAAGAAAGCGAGUGUUCUGAGCAGCCGUGAUUUACCCGUGUCAUGCUCCAGGUGGACAGUGUGUGUGUGUGUGUGUGUGUGUGUGUGUGUGUGUGUGAGGAGGGAAGCACGCCUGCCUUGUACUCGACCUGUAGCUUUCGGUAACGUUCACUCCGACUGGUUUUCAACAGUUCGUGAAUGUUGAUUCUGACAUGAGUCAUUUGAAUAAUAAUAAGUGUGUUAAUAUCAUUUUCAUUCUAUUGUAUUCAGAUUCUUUAUUUGAGGGAGAUGCUUAUGUACAGAUAUGUAUAAAAUAAGAAAAAUAAAACUUGGUUUCAUA